AUGAGCUACGAUCCCUACAUCUCCUACCGCCGCCCUUGGGACAGCUACAGGAGCUCCACGAGAUCCGCCACCAAAUCGUCAUCGAUGUCCUCAUCCCUCUUUCCUUCCUCACCGCGGGUGCCUCUGUCGGGGAAGAGGGUCCUGAGGCUGGCCUCCUCCACCCUGAUGGACGGCUCCGAGCGAAUGGACCUGGCCCAGGCCAGUUCCCUCAAUACAGAGCUGCUGGGCCUGCGUUCCCAGGAGAGGGAGCAGCUGGUGGACCUGAACGACCGCUUUGCCACCUACAUCGACAAGGUGAGGCAGCUGGAGCUGCAGAACCGGGCCCUCCUGGCAGAGCUGGAAGCGCUGAGGAAGCGGCAGAGCGACCCAUCGCGCUUACAGGUGGUCUACGAGGGGGAGGCGCGGAGCCUGAGGGCCCUGAUUGACUCAGAGAGUGGCGAGAAGAUGCGGAUGGAGGCAGAGAGGGACUACCUACACGAUGUGCAUGAGCAGCUGAGGGAGCGCUGCGAGGAAGAGGCAAAGCUGCGGGCGGAGGCUGAGGAGGCCCUGCAGAGGGCCAGGGAGGAGGCCGACAGAGCCGCUCUCGCCAACUGCGACGCAGAGGCCAGUGUGCUCUCGCUGUCCGAGGAGUUGGCAUUUUUGAAGAAGGUCUUCGCCGAGGAGCUCACCGAGCUUCAGGGGCAGCUGCAGGUGGCCAACAUCAGCGUAGAUGUGGAGGUGAUCCGGCCGGACCUCUCCUCAGCUCUCCGCGACAUCCGGGGCCAGUACGAGCGGCUGGCGAACAAGAACAUGCAGGCCGCCGAGGAGUGGUACAAAAGCAAGUUCGCGAGCGUGGCAGAGAUGGCGAGCAAGAACAACGAGGCAGUCCACGCCAUCCGAGAGGAGACCCUGGAGUACCGGAGGCUCCUCCAGAUGCGCUCCUCAGAGAUCGAGGCCCUCCGGAAUGUCAUCAACUCCCUCAACAAACAACUGGAAGAGCUGGAGGAGAUGCAGGGGAAGGAGGUGGCAAAGUACCAGGUGAGGAUACACGAGCUGGAGAGAGACAUUGCGGAGGCCAAGCACGAGAUGGCGCGAUACCUGCGGGAGUACCAGGACCUGCUCAACGUCAAGAUGGCCCUCGACAUCGAAAUAGCAGCAUACAGGAAACUCUUGGAGGGGGAAGAGUUCCGGCUGGCCUACCCUUCUCUGCCCGCCCUGAACUGAGCCGUAACCAGGAGCUAACCCGCAUACUUCAAAAUUCCUCCUCCUCACCCUAAAUUCAGCCUCCUCACCCUUACCAUCUUCCCUGGAGGCCCCAAAAUAUGCCUCAGCCAUUUUUACA